CCCCUCUAGAUAAAGAGACACAGCUUUGGUUUCAGGACGAAGAAAAACAGGGAUUUUGUAAGCGGGGAAUUGGCCAAAUUAAGCGUAAUCAUGUUGUUGUUAUAUCACUCUCACAUCUGGCCCCAGGGUGAUUGCCCGGGUCACGUCCGCCGUGCCUGCUGUCAGUGCGAUCAGCCCCGGGGUGACAGGAAGCGCGCUGUCGCUGUGGUCAGUCGAUCCAGUGCGCACUAACCAUGCCUCCGGCACGGCCCGGAGCGCCAAACUUUCACCAACAACGCUCGGACGCCUGUAAGACCGUGAAGGUGAAAAAAGAACAGAGGGGGCAGUCAGUUUGUCCCGUUACUGUAAGUGCUGCUGAAGACUGGUACUCUGCUGCCAAAUCUGGUGACUGAGCCUCCCGUCUGUCUAUCUGUGUGUGAGUGUGAUUGUCUUAUCCUGGGGUCCCAAGGCUUUGCACUGGCUGAACUGCAGCCAUGGAGGUGGCCCUGGUAGACUUUGAGAGCCUGGAUGACCUUGAUGUCAGCCUUGGGGAUGAGGUGGACACUUAUGCUGAUGAGACCACAGCUCUCACGGUGGACCUGCCCCCAGAGCACAACAGCCCAGGCAGCAACUACCAUCUGCGAGCCCCUCAGCUUUCCUCUUCGCCUUCCCAUCAUAGUCCUGUGCCCUCUUGCAUUUGGGAAUCCACUUCAUCUUCGCCCAUUCCACAGACACAGACUCUGGGAGUACCCCAGUCCCCAACGAUGCCAACUCCAACUAGGCGGGGGCGCAGUAGCUGCGCAAGCAUGAUCUCCAACUGGAAAUUGCUACUGAGCAGUGAGGGCACUAAGGAGAGUGAGACAAUCUUCAGUCGGCUCGCUAAGGAGUGCUGCGAGGAUCUGUUUGUAGAUAAACGAGGGCUGGAUGAUGGAGACCAGAAAGUCAUCAUCAACAUUGCUGGUCUUCGAUUUGAGACGCAGCUCAAAACCUUGGACCAGUUUCCUGACACACUGCUAGGAGACCCUUUUAAAAGAAUGGACUACUUUGAUCCAAUGAGGAACGAAUACUUCUUUGAUCGGAACCGACCCAGUUUUGACGGGAUAUUGUAUUACUACCAGUCAGGGGGUAAGGUCAGACGACCAGCUAAUGUUCCCCUUGAUGUGUUUGCAGAUGAAAUUUUGUUCUAUGAGCUUGGAAACGAGGCCAUGGAGCAGUUCAGAGAAGAUGAAGGAUUCAUAAAAGACGUUGAGAUCCCUCUACCUGUUAAUGAUGUGUAUAGACAAUUCUGGCUGCUGUUUGAGUACCCGGAGAGCUCCAAUGCAGCGCGGGGUGUAGCACUAGUGUCUGUUUUUGUUAUCGUCAUAUCCAUCAUUAUUUUCUGCAUGGAAACUCUUCCAGAAUUCAGAGAUGACUCUGACCCAGUUGUGCCCACACCUGUACAAUCUUUCAACCAAUCCAGUGGUUACUCCUCUGUGGCUCCACCUAGUGCGAAGCCCACAACUUUCUCCGAUCCCUUCUUCAUCAUUGAGACUGCCUGCAUCGCUUGGUUCUUCUUUGAGCUGUGUGUGCGAUUUUUGGUCUGUCCUAGCAAAAAGGAAUUUUUCCACAACCUCAUGAACAUCAUUGACAUUAUAUCCAUCAUCCCCUAUUUUGUUACUGUGGUUACAGAAUUGGUCACAACGCCAGAAGAGAGCUCAGGACAGAACAUGUCUUUGGCCAUUCUUCGUAUCAUCCGCCUUGUCAGGGUGUUUCGUAUAUUCAAACUCUCCCGUCACUCCAAGGGGUUGCAGAUCCUGGGUCAGACUUUGAAGGCCAGUAUGCGUGAGCUUGGCUUGCUCAUCUUCUUCCUCUUCAUUGGAGUCAUCCUCUUCUCCAGUGCUAUCUACUUUGCUGAGGUAGAUGAGCCUAACACACAGUUUGUCAGCAUACCCGAUGGCUUCUGGUGGGCUGUGGUUACCAUGACCACUGUAGGCUACGGGGACAUGUGUCCCAUUACCAUGGGGGGUAAGAUGGUGGGCACCUUGUGUGCCAUCGCGGGUGUGCUGACCAUUGCUUUGCCUGUUCCUGUUAUUGUUUCCAACUUCAACUACUUCUACCACAGAGAGACAGAAGCAGAGGACAAGUUGCCUUUGGCAGAUGCGCUUGAGGAAGCCAUGAAGACUGAGACAAGUACCAAACAGGGUAGCAGCACCUCACUCAAUAUAGCCAAUGGCAUCUGGCAGAGUGACAAAGGGAUAUAACUGUCGAAGGAGGAGGGGAGGAGGAGAGACUUUGCCACAAAGCAAGGGAGAAAUAUUAAAGAAGAGAAUAAAGAGGAAAUUAACUGUUAUGAUUUCCUUUUAAAAAAAAAAAAAGGUUAAAUGAGACAUUUUGUUUGUACCUACUGAUACUAAAUAUGUUUUAUAAUGAUAUACAGGACAUACCGUACUUACCUCUUUGGUGUCUAUUAUGGAAACGACACGUUGAAAAUAACAGACAAGCGGAAGAAUUCCAUCCAUAGUCAUGUUCAGGAUUGUAUGUCGACAUAUUUCAAAUGCACUUUGUGUUAGGACUCUUCUUUUAGUUGCAUAGAAGCAGAACAAAUCCAUCAUUGUCAUAAUUCAGCACUAUGUAUGUUUAAAGCUGUAUUUUUAUAAUCUUGGUCUUAUUUUUAUUGUCUUGGCCAAUAAACCUAAUGCUUAUAAAAUGAGAUUGAGAUUUUGGGCAAUAUAAAAGUUAAAUCCUGCAAGCCAAAAUGUUGAUCUGAUCAUAAGUGUUAACUGCAUUGCUGAGCUACUUCUUGGUUCAUCUUAUAGGACUGACCUUUCUGCUGCUGGAAAAGCUGACAAAUCAUUAGAUUUUUAUGAUGAGUUAUUGGUUAUGGAAAGGUGAGCAUUGUGUUUGUGCAGCCCACAAUUUCUAACCAAAGCGAAACUGUAACUGAGAUUGAUAUCGGACAGUUUGGGUAAUGCCUUUUAUCGCUCAUCUUCUUCAAAACAGUUGCUUGAUGCAUAUGGUCUGUGGCGCCCAGUAGAUGCUGCUGCUGUCUGCGGAUGAACUGUGCAAAAUAAUAACUGAUAGGGAUGUUGGCCAACCAUACAGAAAAAUGAGACCAAGGUUGUUAAAAAGGCUUUAAAAAAACACCAAAAAAAACCCCAAACACAAUUUUCCUAUAAAUGUCUGAAUGUGUAACUUGUGUAUUGUGUGUAGAUUAUAGCCCUGCUGUAUUUAUUAGUUCAAAAAUGUAUCACAGUUCUGUUGUAUCUAUUCAUUCUCUCUGAUAAGUAGCAUGGGUAAGAAUCCUCCACUAUUAAUGGCGGUCUAACUGACUCCACGCUAUGUAUUAUAAUGGAGUGCCUUAAAUUAUGUAUUUGUCAUACUGUUGAAUUUGCCAUACAUAAUCUUACUGUAACACCUAUGUUCAUCAUGGAUAAAUACGUAUUUUUGUUUUCAGCUUGGUUGAAAAUGUAGAAGUUAAAACCUUUCUCCAUUCUAGCGUUUGUUUGUGUGUAUGAGUUCUUUUCCAAAAUUCUGUCAAACUAAGAAAAGAAAUGCAUUCUGACCUGAAACACAACCUAACAUAGCCAAACUUUGUGAGGCAGAGUCUAUCCUUCAAAAUUUGGAUUUCAUGCUAUUAACAUCAUCAUUAUCAUCCAUCAGUGGAUAUUUUAUUGAGCGAGUAAAACUAACAGUUACACCAUUAUUAGAAAAUUAUGAAAAAACACAUGAAGUGAAAAAGAGGAAGAAGAAGCCAAAGAUAAUUGCUUUAUACAGGGGAUAAAGGGAACUGUUGCAGGGCCAGGAGACAUUAGACGAAAAUGUCCCAUGAUCCGUCUUAUUUUGUAGGCAUAAGGCGGAAAAUGAUGCUGCAGCAGUGCAAUGUGAGUAUUUCUUUCAUUAGGUUUUUCUGAAUAUAAAAAUCUUGGAAAGUAAAUCCAGACUCCAGGAAUACAAUAUAAUCUCAAACUGGUUGAGCAUACCAUUAUAUGCAUUUGUAUGUGUUUCCUGUGUUUGACAACCAACUUCAAGAGGAUAAUGAUUAUUACAGUGAUUAUACAGUAUGUCCGUUUUUAUGAUAUCGUCACUCUCUCGUCUGUGAAGCCACAGUUGUGCAAUGAUUCAGAAGUAGACUGGCCUGAGCUGACCUGUGUCGUCAUGGCUACAGCAGAUGAGGGUUUAUUACAACAAGACCAUGACACUGUAUUUGUGUUUGGAUGUAUGAUAGCAUUUCAGUAUAUGAUUUACUGUUAUGUGGAUGCAAUAUAUUCUGAAAUUUUAAA